AAUUUGCAUUUCUUUUUGUUUACAACGUUAACUGAACAGUAGAAGUUACCAUUCUUUGCAACGUGUGAUCUGAAAUUCAUACAGUCUGCCAGGCUAACUCGGUUGUUUUAUGAAAUAUAUAACGCCGCCGAGUAAUCUUGCACUGAGCAAAGCCCGCCAUUCACUGUACACACACUACAUCGCGUGAGCUGCGAAAACGUGCGAAAAUUGAAACCUCAUCUCCAUUGAUCUCAUCUCUAUGCAAAACCACGCGAACUUCAUCACGCAUAUCGCGGUAACGAAAUCACGUUAACAACAUAACGAUCACAUUCAGUCUGAUGUCCUUCGUCUUUAAAAGAGUUGAGUUUGUCUCCCAUGCUACGAAAACAAAUUUGAACUUUCAGUUAGUGCGUGUCGUUUUUCCCUAAUCAAUGAAGCGGUUAAUCUUAAAACGUGCGUAGUAACAAUUUGUUUUUCGUUUCAACGCUUUACUCUUGUAUGGUGAACCAGUUUAUGUUUCUUAUAUAUUUGAAUGAACCAAAGUCAUUUCAGAAUGAAUCGCUUGAAGCUUAAGACGCUACGUGUGACGUGCGGGUGUGGAUUUAGUACCAGUCGACAGAAAUCUUUCAUCCGGAACACAUUGCUAUGCAUGGCUGAGUUGUAACCAUAAUGUAUAACCAAACGUUUGGUAGCGAACUUACUUCUCAAAAUCUGAGCUGAGUUUUGGUCCUUAACUGACACCACCAGCGCUGAUCGUGUUAGCAUAGGGAAGUCACUACAGGUGAUAUUUUCAAAGUACCAGUGAUAUUCGAAAACUUUAUCGAAAUUUCACAAGCCUUUAGGAGAAUAUAAUUUGAAAGAAUUUUCAUUUAUCACGAGCAGCGUAAAUUCUUAAAAUUUUGCUUGCGCUUUCAAUUCAUACGAUUUUUCAUUUGGAUAUGACCGAGAAAAUUACGAACGCGCGCGCCUUAAUUUGCACUGCGGUGCAAAUUAAAAAUUAACGAGUCAAAAUGAAGUAUUUUUUUUAGUUAUGUAAUAAACUGAAUAAACAAGAGUGACUCGGUGGGUUUUAAUAGUUAUCCGCUCUGCAGCACUUUAACUUCUGCGGGAGACAAUCUGUAUAAGAUGAUGGGAGAGGUGGCUGGGGAACAUUGUCAACAUAACUUGGAAGCUUGUCGCCUCAGGGCUGGGCUCAAUAAUUAUGACUUUUUCUGCGUCUGUCUUAUUCCCGCAGUCUAUAAUCUCCUUAUACCUCAGACUUAACUAGAGCAGGAAGCAAGGGGGUUGGGGGUGGGGGAGGGAUUUGGAGUAAACUUCAUGAACAAUACAAGUGUGGCCAGAUUUCAGGUGUUCAAAUUAUAUUAAUCAAAUGUCCAUCUAUGAAGUGACAAUAUUAUGUUUCUUCAGUGAGGGUGUAGAUUGAUAAACUUAAAAUCACUCAGCAUAGAUCUGUUAAUUUUAAUCUCCAAUCUCUUUAGAAGCCUCGUGUACUUGGACUCUCUCACUUAGAAGAAAGAUUGCCAAACGCGUACAUGGACUGGGAUUCGAAAUGAAUGGAACAAUGAUGAUGACGAUGAACCCGACCAAUGUUAGCGAUUCAUCUGACCAAAAGGAAGAGUCCGUAGAGGUGGGUGUGAUUGUCAUGGGGCUCUGCUGUAUCUGUUUAGUGGCAUGCGCAUUAGUUGUCCUCCAGCUCCGCUCAAACAACAGACGCAUUUCCGGAAACCGACAAAGAUCUGGACCAACAGGCAACGACUCGGCUGAUCGAUCACGUGAUCCGUUAGACGUGGAGGCGCCACCCUCUUAUGACGCAGUUAUUCGCUCGCCUCACCUCUACCCACCAUCUAGAAGGACGUCACUAACGUUAGAUAUCUCGGAGACAAGACGAAGCUCUGGUUCAAGUGCUUUUAGCUUGUCCGUUCACAGUCCUCGCCUCAUACACCACCUUCGUGUGGUACCUAGAGGCUUAUCUGAAGACAACCUGUCUCAGCACACAGACAUUCAACUUUGGGGCUCUCAAGAAGAGGAUAAUGAGGAGCCUCCACCACCUUAUCCAGGAAAUAGUACAUCGUGCGAUGCGGGUACCACAGACUAUAUUGUCAGUCCGAGACCCACGCGUCCAGAUACUAUAGCCCAUGGUGAAAAUAGGCCCCGCCCCUCAGGCGAAAGGGGCUCGGCAAUAAGGUCGAAUCAAGAGCAUCAUGAAAUGGGGCCAAAUAGGGCCCACGUGGUGAACGCAUGGAUUGACAGCGAAGAGGUACAUCGAAUUUCUCGCGGUGAAACCAAUAGUGAACCUUGUCGGCCGAAUAUUUGUCAAUCAACCAAUCCUGAAGAUAGGAACUUAGGUGUUAAUGCGGGAGACCCGAAUUGUUUGAGGACGUUUGUUUCUCAUUCGUUACAAGACUCUAGGGGUGUGGUAUCAACUACGCACACUGUCCCCUCUGUAAACGCUGAGCUUACGGAGGCUGUAUAGUCAUUACAAUAUUAUUUUCUUAAGUUCUGAUGUGAAGUUGCCAUUUCAUUUCCCAAAACACUUGAAAGAGUGGCCGACGAAUUUUCCUCGACUUCAGUUGAUCUGAAGUUAACACAAUAGCAUUAAUGAACAACUCCCUAGCCCUAAAAGACACUUAUGUGGCGCAUGCAUUCUUACAAGAAAGGAAUAUUGUAAUUAUUCGAUUUAGCGCCCUCUUUCCAAAAAGCAUUUCCCUUCUUAUAAGCGCUCCUUAUU